CUCUCGUCAAGCGUUGGACGUACGAAGUAAUGCCGUAACUUGCACCAUUUUUACGAUGCCCGCCGACGACGUGCUGCCUGGCCACGUCGUGCGCGAGCUCAAGCGCGACGCGCUCGGUGUCUGCCACGCUGUCCUCGCCAACCUCAGCGCGCUUCAAGCCGCGCCGCUGUACGCCAAGCACCUCGACCCGACGUGCCUCCGCCGCAUGGAGCUUCGUCGCGGCCUCGACACCAUCGACGCAGACCUCAGCGCGAUGCUCGGGCGCACUUCGCUCGCUGCGUCCCUCGACGAGAUUGCCAUGCACCUACCUACGAGCAAAGGUGGCUACUUGAGCCCCGACGCUGUGCAGUACGAACAGCUUGCGCGGCUUGCGGGUCCGACGCGGGACAAGCCGUGGCAGUCAACGGUGGUCGCAUGGCUUGGCAUCGGCGCCACCGACUACUGCGUCGUCGAGACCCAGCUCGGCUUCACGGGCGCGAGUGCCCAGCGUGGCUUGCUCCGCGUUGUGUACGCUGUCGAGCUGCCGCACAACUUGUGCCCGCCUCGGCGCGGCUUCCACCGAGGGGCGUACCUUCGGGUCGGCCAUAUCUUUUUGGAGCCGCCGCCGUCGAAAGCGCACUGCGGCGCAACGGUCGACGCCCAUGCGAUCGUGCUGCUCCCGGCCACUGAUUCAAACCUCGCGCUCGUGCGCUGCCAGAUCACGUCGCUCAUGGGCUUGAUCGGCUACUUCCAGCGACAGCGUUUGACCAAAGCGGCGGUGGCCCUCGCGAAUUGGCGCCGGUCCCCGAGCUACAGCCCGCGCUGGGUCGAGCCGAAAGCGACUGCCAAGCGCUGCGCCGUGUGUCAACGUCGGUUCCACCCGCUUCGACCAAAGACACACUGUGAGCUCGACGGGCGCGUCGUGUGUUUUGGGUGCUCGGCCAAGUGGAUGCUACUGCCGAGCCCGGGGGCCCGCCCGAUCCGCGUCCGCAUCUGCGACGACUGCGUCCAAGCUGCGGUGACCAAAGGCCCGCUGGGUGUCGGUCCCAAGCCUAUAGCGCCAGGGAGCCCCGAGAACUCGAGUCGGCUACUGCCGACGCUCUCGAGCCUUACCGGGAGCCGCUUGGACAUGACGACACGGACGCCACGGCGCAUGACGCUGGUGCCAGAGAUGCCCCUCUUGAGCGACAUUGACGAGGAUCAGCAGCAGCGAGCCUGAGAAUCAAAUGUGGAUUGCUUGUGUGCAUUGUCAGA